AGAAAACCCUCUAAAUUCUAACAUAGAGUUCUUGACUGAAUUUCUAUCAGCUCGGUGCCAAUACAAUGAUGUAGGAUUUUUUAGACUAAAUGAUGUAGGAAAUCGUGGCGUGCUGCUUAGCCCUCUGCUAGACCUGAUCUAACCUCUAACUUUAUUUUUCUUUUUGAGCGGCUGAUCUAAUCGCUAACUAGAUCCGACCAAGAGCCGCUCUGCCCACCUCAGAUACAGAACCGGACAGGACCAGACCUGGUUCACAAAACGAGGCCCAGUAGCCAACCGGCCCAGCCCGACCAGCAUAUGUGAGCCGACUCGACCCGAGUCCACCACCGUCUUGUCCAAGUCCACACACACCCCGAGCCGAGCGGCUCCGCCCGACCGGCCGCUCCCAACUUUUUCCCACCCGCCGAGCGCGCGAACUCGCCACCGCCACCGCGCGCCUGCGCCGGAAAUGGCGCCUCGCUCGCCCCUCAUCGUCCUCCUCCUCCUGUUCGUCUCCGUUCCCCGCUGCUGCUACUCCACCGCCGCCGCCGCCGCCGCCACGCUGUCCUCGCCGUCCCCGUCCCCGUCGGUGCGGUCCGCGCCGCUGGUCCCGGCGCUCUUCGUCAUCGGCGACUCCACGGCCGACGUCGGCACCAACAACUACCUCGGCACGCUCGCCCGCGCCGACCGAGAGCCCUACGGCCGCGACUUCGACACGCGCCGCCCCACCGGGCGAUUCUCCAACGGCCGCAUCCCCGUCGAUUACAUCGCGGAGAGGCUGGGCCUCCCCUUCGUGCCUCCCUACCUUGAACAGAACAUGCGCAUGGGCGUCGGCAGUGCUGGCCUCACCAACAUUGAUGGAAUGAUCCAAGGUGUCAACUAUGCGUCCGCCGCAGCCGGCAUCAUCUCCAGUAGUGGCUCUGAACUGGGUAUGCAUGUGUCGCUGACCCAGCAGGUGCAGCAGGUCGAGGACACAUAUGAGCAGCUCUCACUGGCUCUCGGGGAGGUGGCUGUGGCCAACCUGUUCAGGAGGUCGGUGUUCUUUGUGUCCAUCGGGAGCAAUGAUUUCAUCCACUACUACCUGCGCAAUGUGUCUGGUGUCCAGAUGCGUUACCUACCAUGGGAGUUCAACCAGCUCCUUGUCAAUACAGUGAGGCAGGAAAUCAAGAAUCUGUACAACAUCAAUGUCCGAAAAGUCAUUCUGAUGGGCCUACCUCCUGUUGGCUGCACUCCUCAUUUCCUUGAGGAGUAUGGCAGUCAAAAUGGGGAGUGCAUUGAUUAUAUCAACAAUGUCGUGAUUGAAUUCAACUAUGCCCUAAGACACAUGUCCAGCGAGUUCAUCCACCAGCACACAGACUCUAUGAUCAGUUAUUGCGACACUUUUGAGGGGUCUGUGGACAUACUAAAUAAUCGUGACCACUAUGGUUUUGUCACCACCACUGACGCUUGCUGUGGGCUGGGCAAGUAUGGAGGCCUGUUCAUGUGCGUUCUUCCACAGAUGGCCUGCAGCGACGCAUCAAGCCAUGUCUGGUGGGACGAAUUCCACCCAACAGAUGCUGUCAACCGAAUCUUGGCGGAUAAUGUGUGGUCUGGUCAGCACACCAAGAUGUGCUAUCCUAUGGACUUGCAGGAGAUGGUAAAACUGAAGCUGUAGGACCGACCUGAAUAUCCAUUGCAGUUACUAGCACAACAUAUGUGUUUUUCGAUAAAGAACCUGUACCAGGUUACACACUGAAAUGCAUGCCGUGUGAAUUACGAAGAUUCAGACAGAUGGACUUGUUAGUUUUAGAUUGCUCACGAUUACAUGCAAGUACGUCAUUAUCAUGCUUGUUCUAUGUAAAUGCACUGUAAAGGAUCUAUGUGGUCGUACUGGACAUGGAUAGGUGCUGAUGAGUGAUGAACAUAGUAGGUGACAAAAAGGAUCGUUCAGUUUUGUACCUGACAAGUUUCAUUUCUGAAUAUAUUCUGACAAAAACUGUUGUCGA